AUGUCUCCCCCUCCUCCCCCGGCCUCGUCAACAAAAAACCUCAAAGAGAUGAGCGCCCUGCCAAGCGACCUCAGGGAAGCACUGCAUACAGUGUGCUAUUUUUUGCCAUUUUAUCAGAUCUCCCUUCAGUACAAAUCUGGCAGCUCCUUCUACCACACCUGUGGAGGAACCCUGGUCAAAACCGGAUGGGUGAUGACUGCUGCUCACUGUGUGGACAGAUCUAUGACUUGGCGUGUUGUUCUUGGAGAUCACAACAUCAACACCAAUGAGGGAAGAGAGCAGUAUAUGAGCGUGAGCCAAGUCUACGUUCACCCCAACUGGAACCCCAACAGCGUCGCUGGAGGGUACGACAUUGCUCUGCUGCGUCUGUCAACCAGUGCUGUUCUCAACAACUACGUCCAGCUUGCCAAACUGCCUCCUUCCGGUCAGGUUCUGCCCCAUAACAACAACUGCUACAUCACUGGAUGGGGACGCACCCAGACUGGUGGUAAUCUGUCUGCUCAGCUGAAACAAGCCUACCUGCCUGUCGUUGACUACAGCACCUGCUCAAAGUACGAUUGGUGGGGCAGCACUGUGAAGAACACCAUGGUGUGUGCUGGUGGUGGCAACGAUUCUGGAUGUCAGGGUGACUCUGGCGGCCCCCUGAACUGCAACGUCGGAGGUCAGUGGGUUGUCCAUGGCGUGACCAGCUUUGUGUCUUCCAGUGGCUGCAACGCCUACAAGAAGCCCACCGUCUUCACCCGUGUGUCUGCUUACACCAGCUGGAUGAGCAGCAUCAUGGGUUGAGAAGAGAAACCGUUUCCAUGGCAAUGGCAGACGAACCUGGAUUCAUUUCUGACACCACGACUAUAAAAUGUUCUUUAAAUGACAUUGAUCUUGCUUCUUUAUUUCUGGCAAAAUAAUAUGAGAUGCAGCAUGCUCGACUUCUAUUCUAACAAACCUGUAGGAACUGUUUAACUACAAUCAAACACAUGAAUGUAGCUUUUUGUUGCAAAUGGAUCACAAGAAGAAGCAUGAAGUGUAUAUAGAGCGCACUAUAAUAAAAAGACGUGUGACAAACAAAAGUAAAAAGCAGCAUGUGGCAGCUUGAUGUGAAACGCAGGUUACAGAAAAGGGAAACAAAAACAGUUACCACUGAGCAUGCAUCAUUUGAUUCAGCACGAGUUAUUCAUUUACACAGUAUAAACACAUUUUGACUGUGAAGUAGAGUUCUUGUCUGCCAGGCGUAACUCUUACUGCUAUGUCUACUGUUUUUAUUCAGUCCAUAAAAUAAAGUUUAUCAUGAGCAAAUACAAAACCAUACAAUAGUUUAUAACAAUAUUAUAGUUUUGUAAGAGCGUUUAUGUUGCCUGUACAUCUUUCGUCUGAUCAGCUAAAUAAACCUGUAAGGAAUUUUGGAUCAGAAAUGGUGCAACUGGUCAGGAAGUAGGCAUUGGCAACUUAUCUCUAUAUUCAGUAGGUUUGAGUCAAUGACAGCAAAUGCUGUGUCCCUAUGGGGAAGUGGCCAUAUGGUGAGGGUAAUGAUCUCCAUCCUGCUGUGGAUACCUGUCACAUUGUUCUGUUGUUAACACAGAUUUUGUGUAAAUGUGAACUCAGUGGAGCUCCAAAUUUAUGUCGGGUUAAUAAAACAUACUGAAUGGGCCAACUCUUCUAAAA